UUUGAUCGGAGAAUAGAUUUCGCAUUGAAAAAAAAAAUAGUUUAAUAGUGUUGAAAUUCUCCUACACAUUUCCAAGAAAACUAUUUCCCAUACAGAUGUCACCAAAACGCAUGCAAUAACCGAUUGCCACCCACCUUUCUUUCGGUUUCAACCUAUCUUGGUUAACAAUCGGACAUCAUCAGUUUACGCGUAUUGGUGAAAGGGACGGAUGGUACGUGAAGGAAUGUAAAAUAACACAAGAUUUUAGUGAUACCGACGACGCGUGUACUUUGCCCAUUUAUAUAUUGAUGCCGCACAAGACGGUUAGUUCAAUUUAGAUAAUUCGCUAAAGUGCACUUCGUUAUGUGAGCAGUGAAACAUUACACAAUCUUAUAGCAAAGUGGGUAGUGUAGUGAGCGUUUCCUUCUUGAGGCGUGGUUCAGUGCCAAAUAUGUGCGGUAGUUUGAUCGAGAGUAUUACGCUUGUGGUCAAUAUGUGAAACAAAGAAAAACAAACCGGAAGCCGAAGUAAUUAGAGCUGAGAGAUUAAGUGAACCGGCGGUAGCAAUCAAUCGCCUCGAAGAUGUUUUCCGACAAUCCAAACUACUUCGAUGAAGAAGUUGCUGCCAGAAGUGGCGAUUCUGCCGAUAGAAGUUUUUUCCUGUUCAAAAAGCAAAAUUCGAAAGGCAAAAUCGUGCUAAAUAAACAAACUAAUUUGAUGCAAGAACAGUCUACAGCUCACAAACGUCGGGGCAGCUGGAAAAGCUUUAUACGUUCCAGGAACAACAGCACCACUACAGAGCCAGCUGCAGACACGCAUGUUUUCCGAAGGCAUAAUACAUUGGAUUAUAAAAACUGCGAGAAUGGUAGCUUGCGGGAGCAGUGCUUCUAUUAUAACACCAGUGAAUCGGAAUACACUGGACAGGAUGUAAAUGAGAGAGGGAGAGGCAGCGAUUCGUUUGAACCGAGGAGACAUUCGAUUGGAACGUUUAGCAUAAAGGAACAGUUUUCUGAUGAAGUUCCAAAGAUGAUGGCUCCAAAGGCCCCGGUUGGUUUUGCCAGACGUCAUGGUGAAGGUGAUCGUUUGCCGACUACGGUGGAUGAUAUUUUGUUUGUCACAGCACGCCACAAUGAGCAGGCGUUGAUUUGGGUGAAUCAUUUGAAAACAUGCUUCGAUAAAAUAACGAAACAGAGAGGCAAGUUGCCGUUUAAUUUUUUGCAAGUUAAAAUUGACGAGGAUCCGAUUACUCCACAAUUAGUGCAACGAUGUCUAUCGACGAAACUGCAAAUUGUAAUUGUUUGUCCCAUUCUGCUCACGAUGUCGGGUUCGUUUUUGCUUUCCACGCUACGAUCACUGUUGAAACCGGAGAGAGUGCUUGGUCUGUUGCUGGAGGUGACAGAGGAGCGUAUGCGGGAAAUACACAAGGUAACAUUUCCGGAGUACAAUAAAUGGCGUACCUGUGUGGCAGGAAGUCACGAACAGUCGUUCCUAAGUGAGCUGCUUGGCACAGCAACAGACAUUCUAGGUAGAGCGUUGCGACAGCAACCACUCUGUUCGGAAAUGAGCUCGCAGAAAAGUGGACAGCACAGCACAUCGACUGGGCAGCAUGAAACUUUUACGCUGUUUCCAAGAAAGGUUAAAAUAGGCUACAACAAAAUAGUUGCUAUUCUAACGGAACCGCUGGAAAAGAAUGAUUGGAUCAAAAUAAAAAUCGAAAAAGGAAACGAGGUGAUAGAAAUUACCAACGUAAAACGGAGGAACCCUUUCACAAUUCAAUUCAGUAUUCCCGAGACGUGUAUGGAGAUCUCGAUGAUGGUAGGUGUACGAUUGCUAAAAAACAACGAAGAUAUGGGUAGUCGACCUUUGAAGUGUGAGAGCCGUUUCCGUGAGCUUGAACAAAUUCUAAAAGCGCAGGAUGCUCCGAUGGAAUUUUUGUGUCAAGCUGUCGGUAUCGCAACGUCGGAUCGUGACAAACUGGACAGCUAUUUGCUGCAAUCGUUUCAGAAAAAUUUACCACCAAACUUUCAUCUGCUGAACUCAGCGGAUACUGAAACGGGAAUGAAAUUACAUAGCGAUGCGAGUCCGGAAAAAUAUCCAACGCUUCUACACUUUGCCGCCUAUUGGGGCCUCGAAAGAUUGUGCCUUCAAGUGAUGGACUGUCCCGGGGGUGACACGGCUUGUCAAAUGAGAAACAUCUCCGGCCACACCCCGGUCGAUCUGGCGGAGCUUGGAGGACAUUACAAGCUGGCCAGUAGUUUCAAGAACUUUUCACAAAUGCACGAGUUUACUACCAUGUAUCACUACUUCAAAGGAAUCAGCGAAUCUGCUCCACAUAAGGUGGUCAUAGAACCAAAGGCAGCGGAAAACUGCAAAAACAUCACAUCACCGACACUCCGUUCACUAUCAUUGCCCGCUGGAAAUGUGACAUUAUAUACGCAAAGCGAAGGUUACAUGGAAAUGAAUGAUGCAGUUAUGAAUGAAACGGAAUUUCUGAUAAACCAAAGAAAGGAAGCAGACAAGGACAAGGAAAUUCUAGACAAUAUGGAUUGCAAGAAGGACGAAACCGUAGAUAACAUACUGAUUAAUGAGUUGAAAAUAACGGAAGCCGACUAUCUCGAAUCAAAUGAUAUAAAUAAAAAUGAUUCAUUCAGUCAGGAAUGUUCCAAUUUGUUGGAAAACUGCAACGUGUCUGAUGCCAACGAUUUCAAUUACUUGAUACAACCGUCAAAUGUACCGUUGAAGCAGAUGGAUGUUCAAGGGGAUUAUCUUGUUCAACCAUCGAAUAUACCCGUUCACGAAUAUAGUAAUUUAGAUUAUAGGAACCAACACCGAGAAAGUUUCGGUGGUGGUCCACCAAACGGUAACCACGAAGCAGAAAUAGAAGUAUCUCAUCUUCGAUUGAGUUUCAAGAAGAAAGAGUCCCAGUCGGAAUCUCAGCAGAAGAACAGAACAUUGAAACGACAAGAGAGCAAUACCUCCAAAAAGUCCGUAGACGACGAGUUAUUGGAAAUUAUAACAGAUUUUAAGAAUAAUGUUUUUACAAUCCAAGAAGUAGAACAGCUGGUAGAUCUGUGGAAAUCUCGCAAUGAUGUUCAGAAAAGUUUCAAGGAAAAACAGGAACAGCUUCAAACGAUGCGCGAGGAGUACGAACGGAUUCAGCAGCAAAUGAAGGAAAGGCUUAAAAGACCAACCCCAUUCGAAAAAAUUAAAAACAUGUUCCAAAGACAUAAAACCGUGCCACUUAAAAAAGGCGAAUCUUCCGCCCAAGGUCCACCGGAUGUCUGCGAUGACAUCAAAUUUUCAAUGACUGCCUCAUCGUCAUCCCAAACACAUCGUCCAAUAAGUUCUUCUAGUCUUCACAGCAUCUCAAGCAGCUCAUCGGGUCGGAUGAGCACACCAGGUGGAGCAACGAUUGGUGAGGCUGGAGCACACUCUGACUCCGAGGAACAUAGAAUUGGUGGAUUCAACAAUGUCAAUCAAUUCUCAACGAAAAAUUAUUCCGUUCCCCGUGCUGGUGGUAGUACACAUCCUUCCACACCGGUAGAGGAAAAUGAGCAACCAUCUUUUCUUAGUACGCUGGCUGCUGAUGAACAUUAUAUGAUUUUUCCUUCGAAUAUUCCAGUGUCACAGGCUACCUCACCAAUGUUGAACUCCAUCGACGAAACCAAAGAAGUUGAAAAUCUAGUGCAGCCUAUCAAAAUACAGAAACAAAGUAUCAUAUACAGUCAGUUAGAGGAUAGCAGGCCCACGGUGACAACGUUCAGAUUCAAGACCAAUGAUUCGGAAGAAACCCUUAGCGGUGAUAGAUAGUAUACACUAAAUAUGUGCAAUGUUCAUAUCAUAUAUUGUUUGUAUCGAGAAAAGUAUUAAUUUUGCAGUUAGAAUUAUAUUAAAGAAAAAUAUUUACAUGGAAAAUAGUUACGGAAAGCCGUCUUUGAGCAUUUUUGCCCAAUUUUUACUCAUCAGAAAAAUUAAAUGUAUUUUAUAUCCAUGACACAAUGAUUUCAACGUAAAUCCACCGACCCAUUUCAUUUAGAUGCGAUUAAAAAAGUCCAGUUUGCUGUUUAGAAACAGUCGAAUGUAACAGUAUGCGCAAAUAGUUUUUAACAAAAAUCAUACAUAGACUUAUUUUCUAGUUUUCUGCAAACAUCAAAUUGUACCCAAAGAAAAACGAUAACGAGCUCAGUGACAUGAUAUUAUUUGGUUGAGAAGAAGUUUUAGUGAUAUUUAAUACGCAUAUAUACAUCUCACAAAACAACUCAACUUCAAGUUGCCAUGAAAGCAGAUUUAACAUAUAAUAUUUGUUUUGAUACUAUAUAUACAACCAAUAUAACGUCAUGAAACUUCAACGGAGAAAGAUCUAAAUAUUUUCGAUGACUAUAACUAUAACGUUUUAAGUAUUGUGACCAAAAAUAUAUUUU